AUGAGUGAGGUGGAAGAUGAGGCAAUGAAGCUGCGAGUCAAACUAAAGCUGCCGCGCUCCAUAUCCAUGUCCUCCGUAAUUGAGGAGGCGCACAAGCAGUUGCUGAUUGGUGCACGGGGUGGUGCCGCUGUUAAGGAACUACUUAGCACGGCUCCUAAUAUUGAGGUGGCUAUUCAAGACUUUCAGGCAGCUCACGGUAUUGCAGAGGCGCACGCGCAGCUCUUUAUGCGCAAGCGAGAGAGCAAGCGAAAGGAAACACCUACGAAAUUUGCUCCCGUGGUGCAACUGCUAGAUUUGUUGCACGUACAACGUUCCAGUACGUACCAGUCGCUCCUCGAGGAAAUGAAGAAAGAGAUGUUGCUUCGCAUUGCAGAAUUACCCCAGAGCGAGCUGCCUCGAGUGCUGGAGCAAACAUUUCCGUAUAUUGAGUUUCGAGAGUUGCGAGCCAUCCCCAUCGCUGUUUUGGCUAGACAAGACGACACACCAGAGCUGUAUUUACGCGAGCUGACGGAAAAUCGUCGAAUUCUUGCAGAAUUGCCUGUUCAUGUGAGGAGGAAGAUAUUGCGGGUGGAUAGGAGAGAGCUUCAGCUUCUUGUGGAGAAGUGUACGUGUGAAUAUGUAAACGAGCAGCUGGAGUGGUAUCUUCAUCAUCCAAAUUUGAAAUCUGCGACAACACGAUCAUUGUCGAGAAAAAGCAGCAGCAACGGUGUGCAUCUAACAAAUCAGAGCAGAAAGCGUAGUUUGGAUGACUCAAAUGGUGGUAGUUUAUGGGACGUCUCAAGUCAUGUGCCAUCUUCGGCUGAUGUCGCUACUUCGUCAUCGUCAGGGUCUGGGUACAGUGUAGAGCGACGUCCGUCAUAUUUCCCGGACGACCGCCGACGAAAUAAUCCGGCCUUGACGAAGUUAGUAGAAUUACUAGGCGAUUCAGAGUCGCUAUACCUUUCCACCCUGGAGAUUUGGCGUGGUUAUGUAGUGGCUGCAACCAUACCUGGUGCAACAUGCAACCACCCAAAAGAAUAUGUGGACUACGUAUCGCUUCUUGGUGCUAUGCGCAGUGAUCUUGCCAAUCUUCAGCGUGACAAGACAACGCCUUUACUGCGAACCGACCCUCUUCACAAAUUUAUUUGGUUUCUGGAUCGUGCUGUAAAAAAUCAGACAUUAGAAAUUGCCCAGCUUCACGAGUUGUUAGGAUUCAUUGGACGACUUCGUACGUCGGAUCUGCCACCCAACAAAAAAUUUCGCAAGAAAAGUGGUGUUGAGGAGGAAGAAGAAAGUUUUGAGGUUGUUCUAGGGCCACCACCCGUCGAUGAGCUUUUGGUGGUGCUCGACAAAAUUGCAAGGAUCGAUGCUCGCUUGAUUUUUGCAGAGCCCGUGCCUGAUGACGUGCCAAAGUAUCGAGAUAUUAUCAAGAAUCCAAUGGAUUUGUCAACAAUGCGAAAAAAGGCCAAGCGCGGCAAGUACAAAACAUUGGACUCUUUUGUGACGGACUUCAAUCUUAUGAUCAGAAAUUGUAUGACUUUCAAUCCGGAUACGACUAUUUUUUACAAAGAAGGAAAGCGCAUCGGAAAGAGAGGAAACGAGAUCAUCGAAAAAAACGCUGCAGCUUUGCGGGGGGAACCUCAACGUAUUCGUUCAAAAAAGCGCCGUAAGGCAGGGAGUGGACCCACUAGUGAAGCUCUAAGCAUGCUUACUAGCUCUGGAAUUGUAAAUAUUAAGGACUUUGGUGAUGUAGAUCAGUCUGGUAUGAUUCCUGAAGGUAUGUGCGACGAAAUGCUAGCGGAUGUGGCACUAGUUCUAUCAGACCCGCCUGUGAGGCAGCUCAUUUGUGAUGCUCUUAUAAAGAAUCUAGUGGUUUGCUGGCAGAAAAAAGAGCUUCCAACGGACAAUUUAAUAAGUCGUGCUCUUGUGCAACUUCUUCAAAUUGGAAAUCCAUCUAGUGUGCGUCGAAUGAUUAGGAAGCAAGAUUUUGUUCUCCGAGCUCCACAGGUUGUAACAAUGCGCGUUGUGCUACCACAUUUGCUGCGCAUAAUGUUGACCUUUCGUGUGUAUUACGCAUUCCCGGCUGGGCCGUACGAUGAUUUCACGAAAGCAGAAAAAGACAUCAUCAGCGCCAAGUUAUGGGACACCGUGCUGCAUGCGAGCUCAGCUAUUCGAGCCUUGGCCAAGUCAUUUACCGUGCAAUGUUUAGUAGACAGUCAGAUUGGUGCGGCAUCGCGACUGCUGCACCAUUUACUUUUGGCUGAAGAGGAAGCUCUUCUUCGUGAUCGUGUUUUUCUUCACGCUGUCGCCGAAGUGCUUCUAGAACAGGUGAAAGCAGUUACAGCGAACACUGCCUGCACAAACAGCAGAGAUUUGAUGUCGAGUUAUGCUGAAAAUGGUGAGGUGAUGACGACAUUGUGUGAGCAGUUACAAGCUUUGCCCAUAUGGACGCAAAUUUUCGACAGUUUCUUUGUGGAUGUCCUCGGCCAGCGUAUUCGAGCCGCUAAAGAGGCCACUGGUUCUGUUGUGCAAUUUGCGGACGGUGCACUUGAAUCAGUAAAACAAGAGGAAGAACAAUCUGAAGCAUCGCCGAAAAAGCGCAAGCGGCAAGGUGUUGUAGAAGGUUUUCCAACUGCAGUAUUCCACGAAAAAACACUGGUAGUUUUGUCAUCUCUUUAUGCUUUGGUUGAAAAAGGAAGUUCUGCAGCUGGGAGUGAGGCGAUGAUUACUGCUUAUCUGAAAAAAACAUUGGGCGUUUUGCGUAUCAAUUGUUCGUCCUUAACAGAAUUCCAGGCUCUCUGGACGAGUCCUAUAUUUUCUAGCUGCCGUCAGCUUUACGAGCUAAUGUUAAGCAAGUCGUCUCUUGUGCAGACAGAAUUCUUUUCGGUUUUAUCGUCCGAUGUCAAUGCCAAUGCUGGGCAGAUGGUUGAGAGAUCAACUCAGCCUACGACUGCUGAUUCAAAAGUUGCAACAAUUAUGGCUGUGAAGUCGGAUGAUAAAAUUCAGACAGGAGCCGAAGCGGUUGUGGUAGCAGGUAAUGCUGUUAAUUUAGACGCUCAUGCUGAAGACGCGAAGAGCAAGGCUGAAAACUCUUUUAUGCCUGAAAAGCAUUUAAGUUCGUCAGAAGCUGAUGGCGAAAACAGAUUAAACGACGCCGUUGAGGCUGCUGCUGCCAACAAGGCGUAUGAAGACCUUGCAAUGACGGACUCAGAGGCCGUUUAUAAAAUUUCCACAAAUGAUUCCGAGAAGGAAGAUAGCGCAGAGAACGCUGAUACAAUACCUGAAGUGGUAAAGCCCGCUUCGUCAGCGGUAGGCAACAUUACUGUCGAUUCAACCGAUACGCCUGAAAGCAUGUCGAUUGAUGCACCUUUAAAGAUGGCAAUAACGACAGAAUUGGAUACCCAAUCUACGGCUGCAGUGACUUUGCAAGAAAGCACCGAUGCGUUUGGUAAGAUUGAAUGCUCAUCCGGGAAAAACGACACAACAACCCAAGAUGCUGCAAAGCCGACUUUAGAAAAGGAUACUGAUGUAGGAAAAGAAUCCCCAGCAAUUGUAUUAGAAGAGGAACAGGACAAUGUUAGGAUGCCAUGA